GUUAGUUUGCUAGAUCUCCAUCGAGAGGCCAAUUGGUAAGGUUAGAAGUGGAUUUUUAUUCCAGUCAGACACACGAAAAAAAAAAAUGAUCUUCACAAAGGUUUUUAUUGUAUUAUUUACAAUUCAUCACAUAUGCUGCACACCAGCCGUGGAUAAAAGCCCAUCAAGUGAGGAAGCAAAUGGAAGCUCAUCUCAAAUUCUUCAACUCAACACACCCGAUGAAUUUGUAAUAACGAAACCUUUGGUAUCCGAUAAAGUCUACAAUGAAUUUUUAAAUUUCCUCUAUCGACAUGAUUCAUUAAAAAUACAGUCAAAACAAAAGAGAGAAAUUAAGGGAAAUGGAAAAACAUCAAGAUGCCAACACAGGUUUCAAUGUUGAAUCAAACUCGAUUCUGUAUAAGCUGUAAGAGAUUUAAAUUUAAGUGAAUACAAAAAAAAGAAGAAGAUUCUAAGAAAAAAUAAAUGAUAGACAAUAAAAGAAUGGAGAUGAAUAAUGAAGAAUUUGUGGUUCUGGUAUGCUUG